AAUUAGAAUUCCCUUGUAUACCCAUCUUUGUGACUUGACGCUUCUUUUGCCAAUGUACAGAGAGAGAGUGGAAAGCAGACGAAACAUGGCUGCCACAUCCAUAUCUCUAUCUCUGUUACCUUUCUCCUCCUCCUCCUCCAUUCUCAACCCAAAACAUGGUUGGUGCAUCAAAACCCAUGUUUCAUCCCUGUCUUUUACCUCCAGAAGAACCAUACAAUUUCACAACCCACCUCAUCAAAUUCCUCUAAGAAACAACCCAAAUUGGAGAAUCUCUGCACUGUCCGGAGAUGAAUUCGUUUCAGAUUCAGUUGAGAAUUCCGAGCAGAUAGUUGUUUCUGCUGGUGAUGAUGGUGUGUCCACCAUAAUCUCAGUUCUUCUAUUCAUUGCUUUUCUUGGCCUAUCCAUUCUCACUAUAGGGGUUAUCUACAUAGCAGUGACAGAUUUCUUGCAGAAGAGGGAGAGAGAGAGAUUUGAGAAAGAGGAGUCCGCAAAGAAGAAGAAGAGUGGUAAAAAGGGGAAUGUGAGAGCUAGAGCUGGACCAAGAGGUUUUGGACAAAAGAUUGAGGAAUAUGAUGAUGAUGAUGAAUGAUUAGAUUGCACUCCGGAAUGUAAGAUUUUCAUUGUCUUUGUAAUUCUAUCUUGACAUUUUGAGGAAAUGAAAUUUUCUCAUUCUUUGUUUA